AUGAUAUCUUUGUACACCGGUGCACCCACACUUACGCAGUUGAAGGUGAAUCCAGUUUCUAUCCGCGUGCCGAUUAUGGAUAAUUACGAUCUGGUUUUUUUCCGCCAAGCUUCGCCAUUGCUCGUGGUCCAUUCUACGGCGAACAACACAGUAGUGGAUACCUUGAAUGAUGCAUUUUCUCAGUACAACUUGGGCUCAUGUGUCUGGGACAAUUCCAUUUUGAAAAACCGAUUGCUGAGUCUCAAGUAUAUAAUCAAGUUUUAUCACCAGCAAGGGGUAUAUGACGAGUUCAUGACCGAGAGCGAUGGCCACCUGGUCUUAUCACCUUUCAAUCCCAAAUCAGAUCUUUUCCCCAACGGAAUUCUUUCUCAAAAGUGGUUCCGAAAGUACUACGAAAAGCAUCCAUUUGCAGUCGUUUGUAUUAUUGAAGACAACGUCGAACUUGUACAACGCUUAAAAGAGAUGAAAGCAGUGUAUACACCUUCACGCAUUCGUCUUGUGGUGAUAAUCGUUGGCAAAAAAAUUGACGACGAAAGGUUGAACUCCAUUCGUGUGGAAGUGAAUAUUUCAAAAGCCGAUUUAUACCAGCUAGAGGACUCGGCAAAUUUACAAAAAGAUUCAGAGACUAUAGUUGCAACGAUAACCAGCACCAUCAAAGCAAAUGCAUCUUCCUUUUACUCCGAUAUACAACAUCGAAUCAAGCAACGACAUAAGAAAUACUAUACUCUCGCGGAAUCCACCGACAUCGACACCAAGAUAACGUUAACUCCCAGAUUUCUCGAAACCCGAAACCUCAUCAAAGAAGCCAUCAUUAACGAAUUUAUUAGCCCCCACAAUAUGGAACCAACACUUUCCACUUUCGAAACCGCAUAUCAGAAUCUAAUUGAACUACUUGAUGAAAACUUUCCCGCCAGCAUUAUAAGUGAACUAUUCGAUCACGAUAAAGAACUCAUGCUUCAGCUCCAAAAUCUCAUAGAUACAGUCGCAUUUCAUAUUGUGCGUGGCUAUCUCUCUGUUGAAAAACCCGUAGUUGCACUUAAGAAACACACAGCUCAUGUCGUCAAUGUUACUGAAGUCUUGGGUUCGAGCCGCCAAAAAUGGCUCUCGAGUCAAUAUGAAUGGCUAGCAGAAUUAAUGUCUACGGUACCACCUUCGAUUUUGAACCAAACUGACGCUAAGCAAUUGAAAAAGACGAAAAAUAAGCUCCCCACAAUGCCGUUUUUUGGUGGCUUUCAGUUUUUCGACGGAGACUAUUAUGAUGUAUAUUCACACCCUGGGCUUAUUUUCAUGAAAGCAGCGAGCUUGCUAAAUGACGAUUCCAUUCAUCGGGCUGAACUUCUUGAACAAGCAUCCAGUUUGUUCAAGAGCGAUUCAGAGACAAUAUCUGGUGCAGCUAAUAAGAAACCAAGUACUGGAUUUCUCCAAUAUCUCGACUGGGAACUUGCUCAAACUUUCGAGAAACUUUUACCCAAGGGCGACAAAGCGUUGCAAUAUUAUGAAACAUGCUUCUCAUAUAGCGACCGUAAAUCGAACUGGUCAAAUCUUGAUUCGGCAUUGGUAACCAAACUUAUGAGGGAAUACGAGUUGAGGAAUGAUACACACAAGUUGGUUACGACCGCUAUUCGAGCAGCUAGCAUGAAAGGUAUUUCAAAGUUUUCAAUUCAUACUAAGAAAAUUCCCAUGGACAGCGUUGUGCUUGCUAAUGACUAUGAUGUGAUUAAAGUGGACAUUUUGUGUUUCAAAGAUCUGAAUUCGAGAUCAUUAAGUGUGUUUGAGCCAUUAGGAACCCAAAUGUCGAUUAAACCUCUCAUUGACCUUGCAAAACUACAGGACAUCUUGAAUGUCGACGAUAAAUUGUCGCUAACGAUCAACUCUCUUUCCGUGAAUUAUCAAAAGAUAGACGGCCAAGGAAAAGGAAAUAUGAAGAAAGUUGUGGUUACACAUGCUCCCAGCAGCAAUCCAGACCUUUGUCCCAUGAUACCAGACUUGAAAGACGAGGACGAAACGUUAGAGGGACUGGUAAAUUUAACCAUGAAUUCCGAUACAAAACUGUCAAAAGUUGUCCAAGUUUUUCAGCCCUGUCAGCGAGCGGGUACCUACAUUGUCAGUUCCGUUGAUGUUCAAUUGGUGAUAUCUGAUGUAAACGGUUCAGUGAAGAUUAUUCAAGACAAGCUGAUAAUAAUCGAUGCUUUACAACUGCGACCCGAAAUAUGGCAUCAUGAUUGGGUUUACGUUACUGAUAAAGAUAGCAAAGUUGCCAAGCGAAUUCCUAUAAGACUCCACCAUGAUCCUCCUUAUAUGGCGAGGGUGACUCUGUUGAAGCCCAAAGUGACUGUGAGUACUCAGCCGACUAAUAUUAAAGGUAUUGUUCUCGGAGAAAAAGUUACUAUUCCUUUCAACAUUUCUCACGAAAUGAUAGGCGAGAACAAAAUCAACUACGGCAAAGUACAGUUGUCUGCAAAAGUCGACAUCAUAGGAGGCCUAGACGGCGAAAAAGACUUCAUCACCACUCAGGUGAAUUGGGAUAAUUUGAAAGACGAUGAAUAUUUGUCCUUGGAUGACCUUUCGGCGAAGAAUGGUUCUGAAGAGCACAAGCUAAAUAUUGCCUUGCACACUCGUCCUAAUGGUCCCAGUCUCGACUCCAAGUCAUACAAAAUGAACAUUUCGAUGCAAACCUGGGUAAAAGAUUCACAGCCAGAAGCUACAUCCGAGGAAGAUGAUGCAGAGAUUGCAGUUUAUGACACAGCACUGUUCGUGUAUCCCAUCAUUAACAAGCCAUUGCGGUGCGGUUUCAGUGUUUUUCCUCGCUACAGAAAUGAAGGUACCAGUGACAUGCCUUGUCCGUUUGUAGUUCUGGAUGGUGAAGAAGCGCAGCCCACAUCAAUGCCAAUUGUUACUCGUCUUUGGCAAGGAAGUUUGCGGUUGGCACCUGUCGAAGACUGCUUCGAUGGCCAGCUUCCCGAAAUAGUUAAGACUACCUUCAACAUUCGUACCAAAAACCAGGAAGUGAACAUUGAGAAAUUAGGAGAUGUCGAGGAAAACGGCGACACAAUGUCUCAACUUUUCACCAGUCGAAGCAAGAGUGGAUCUCAUCGAAACGUGCUGGUGAGUACUUCAGUGGUGAUCGAAUGGAAAAGGCCUGGUCAGCAUGAGAGAACAAAUUUCUUUGAAACAGAAGAAUGGGAAAUUGCCCUUCCUCUUUCUGACCCGCGAGUAUUGUUAGAAAUUGAAGAAGAAGACACUCAAAGUGUGAAACUCAAGUACAUUUUGGAGAAUCCCACCCCAAGAAUCUUCACAUUCACUACACUGUUAGCACCAAACGAGACCACCGAUGGUACAAGCUGGGACGUUUCUGAUACUCGCAAUACGCUGCCACUUGAACAACCGGCAUUUCCGGUACUACCAUUCAAUCGCCAUACGAUGGUAUAUUACUGUCGUUGUAGCAAUGAGAGCGAGACUGUGGACUUGCCUCGGUUCAAGGUUUACGAUGUCCAUUUCAAGGUGUUUUUACCUACGUUAGUAGUGACAAGAAAAGCCAGAGUCGUAAACAAAUGUCUAAAAUGGAUAAAAAAGAGCGGGACUUCUUAA